AUGUCCAUCACAAACUCAACCACGAUCACCAAUUUUAUUCUUGUCGGCUUUAGAGGAUUGACGAAUUUCAGAUUUUUGCUUUUCAGCGCCUUCCUUGUGAUCUACAUGAUUAUAUUAGCAGGAAAUGUGUUGACCAUCGUCUUAGUGUUGGUCACUCCAAGUCUUCGCUCAUCGAUGUACUUUUUCCUUUGUAACUUGUCUAUAUCGGAUAUUUUAUACUGCACAGGGAUAGUGCCCAACAUGCUGGAUGUGGUCUUGAAGGACGGUGGUUCCAUAACUCUCACCGCUUGUCUCACCCAGUUUCAGAUCUAUGGAGAGUCAAUGGCAGUAAGUGCUAUCCUGUUAGGGAUGAUGUCCUACGACCGAUACAUUGCUAUCUGCAAACCAUUGCACUAUUCCUUGAUUAUGAACAAACGACUUCAGUACCAGUUGGCACUUUUCUCUUGGUGGUCAGGCUUUCUCAUAACAUUGAACUUUGCAAUCAGAAUUUCCCAGCUGGCAUUCUGUGAUUCUAACGUCAUUGACUAUUACUUUUGUGAUUUCUACCCUUUGUUGGACCUCUCCUGUUCUGAAGUCUUGGUUCUGGAGAUUCAUUCCAAUAUUUUUUCUUUUGUCUUGGUUUCUGUUCCAUUCUUCUUCAUUUGUGUGACUUACGUGUGUAUCAUCCUCUCCAUUCUCAAGAUCUCCUCAGUCUCGGGGAGACAAAAAGCCUUCUACACUUGUAGCUCUCACCUCUCCAUCGUCUGUCUCUUCUACGGGUCCCUCACUGUUGUCUAUCUGUCCUCUGCCAAAAAUUAUUCUUUGAAUAGGAAUAAAGCUUUAUCUCUUCUGAACACCAUGGGCAUGCCACUGCUUAACCCUAUCAUAUACAGCCUGAGAAAUGCAGAAAUUCAAACGGCACUGAGGAGAUUAGGUCUCAGGUGUUGUCAAGCGCUUAGGGGAUUAUUGGCAACCAGAAACCUAAAGUUUAAAUUAAAGAAAUUGUAA